CUGCUUGCCUGCAAGCACAACUAGUUAUCGGACGAAACGCUAAACGCUGUCGGUGCAAAAUAUGGUGAGAUUGACGUUAUAUGGUAUGGAAGCUAGCCCACCGGUGCGUGCCUGCUUGCUAAGCUUAAAGGCAUUGGACUUGCUCUUUGACAUCAAACAAGUGAAUUUGCUGGAGAAGGAACAUUUGUCUGAGGAAUAUUUGAAAAAGAAUCCCCAACACACAGUACCCACUUUGGAAGACGAUGGUCAUUUCAUUUGGGAUUCCCAUGCCAUUAUGGCUUAUUUGGUUAGUAAAUAUGGCAAAGAUGAUACGCUCUAUCCCAAAGAUAUAUUGAAACGGGCUGUGGUCGAUCAACGUCUACAUUUUGACACUGGCGUUGCUUUUGAACGUGGUCUCCGCAGCAUUACGGAACCAUUGCUUUUUAGAAAUCAAACGGAAAUUCCUCAGCAUCAUAUUGAUGUCAUUGUGGAUAUUUACAAUUUCUUGGAAACAUUUCUCAUGGAUACGAUAUACAUGGCCGGAAAUCAACUGACCAUCGCUGAUUUCAGCUUAAUAUCAACUGUAACAUCAUUGGUAGCCUAUAAGGAUAUUGACGGUACGAAAUUUCCCAAAUUGACAUCCUGGAUAAAACGCAUGGAAUCUCUUCCAUAUUAUCAAGAAAGCAACGGCAAUGGAGCUAAUAAAUUAGUGGCUAUGGUAAAGUCGAAAUCAAUCACUAUUGUACCUUGAUUUAUUCCAGCUAAAAUUUCAAAUUUAGUAACGAAUUAAAGAAAAUGUGUACAAUUCAUAUUGAUGUAAUCAAGUGCUCUUAAAAGUGUUUAUGAUAUUUUUACCCAGAAAAAUAUAAUGUUUUUAUACCCUCCACCAUAGGAUGGGGGUAUACUAAUUUCA